AUGGGUGAUACACAAAGUCGGCGGCAGGCGUACCAGGUCGAGCGCGAGGAGCAAAGGGCGAGUAGGAGUAGGUCCCCGGAGCUACAGUUGUUGGCCUCACCGCUAGUGUCAACCGCGGGAUCCAUGGGACCGACGGUGUCCCCCAUGGUAUCGCCGGGGUACACCGAGGCGGAAAGUGACCUAGAAUUGCGCGAGGAGCCCCGGACCAGCAGUAGCAAGGAGCUCCGCACCAGCAAGCGCGAGGGGCCCCGCACCAGCAAGCGCGAGGAGCACCGGACCAGCAGAUGCGAGGAGUCCCGCACCGGCAAGCGCGAGGAGCCCCGGACCAGCAGGCGCGAGGAGCCCCGGACCAGCAGGCACGAAGAGCCCCGCACCGACAAGCGCGAGAAGCCCCACCCCAGCAAGCGCGAGGAGCGGCCUGAGGGAGGAAGGAGGGGGCGCACGGAGACGCGGAAGGAGGAGCCCAGUGAGCGGGCCUGGAAGCGGGCGUCCACGCGUUCGACGCGUACGGCCAAGGAAGAGGAGUCGUCGGCACGCACAAGGGGGAGGUCGACGGCGCGGCGAGGGGAUCAGCGGCCGACAGACCCACAGGUCGAGGAGCCGCAGCCAACGCCGGCCGAAACCGCGGUCAAAGAGCCGCAGACAACGCCGACCGAGACCGCGGUCAAAGAGCCGCAGGCAACGCAGGCCGACAUCGCGGAAGAUAACGCGGCCGCUGAGGCACGACGCCUCGCGGAAUGGCACCGGCGGUUCGCGCUGGCCGCGGCGGCGGAGGAGCGGAGGCAACGGCGUGUAUGGGAGGACGCCUUGACGCUGGCAAAGAGGCUGAAGGCCACGCAGGAGGCUGAAAAGGCGGCGCAAGAAGCGGAGGCGGAGCGCCACGAGCGAGACGUCGCGCACCAAUGGCGGAGGUGCGCUCCGCGGUGCGAGACGCACAUAUCGUGGGCCUCUGGGCCCGCGCCCCAGCAGCCCGGGCAAGAAGCGAGGGAGGCUCGACUGUGGGAGGAGGCACCACGCGCCAGUGACGACCGGGACCCGAGGCGGCGGGCACGGCCACAGGAGUCGACAGGCCCAGCGGUGGCACCCACCGCCGAAGAGGUGCCCGAGGAGGCGCCCGGGAGGACGGCAGAGGUCGAGACGGAGGGCACGACGAACACGCCAACAUCACUGACGGCGGAGGGCCCAGCGGCGGCGCCCGAAGCCGAGGUGGCGGCCGACGGCGAAGCGGAUGACGGCGCAAGAGCAACGGCGGAAGUGAAGAAGGGAGAGAGGGUUAGCAACUAG